AUGGACGCCACCGUGGUACAGACCCUGAUCGCCAUCGUCGUGCUUUUGCUGAUCUCGAGGGCCCUGUGGUAUCUGGUGUGGAGGCCGUACUCCGUCACUCGGCGGUUUGAGCAGCAGGGGAUACGAGGGCCACCUUACAAACUCGUCGUUGGGUCCUUGUGGGAUAUCAAACAGAUGUUGGUUGCCCGGAGAGCAAAGGGGGCUCUGGAUAUCGGUAACCACGACUACACCUCCCGUGUCAGUCCCUUCUUUCACAAAUGGACCUCCGAUUACGGGAAAACAUUUCUGUAUUGGUUGGGGCCAAUACCGGCAAUAUGUUCUACUGAUACAGAGCUAGUCAAGCAAGUGCUGGAUGACAGGACAAACUUGUUCCAAAAGGACUACCUAAAUCCGAGCAUGGAAAUGAUCUUCGGCAAAGGACUGCUAACCACGAACGGUGAUGAAUGGAAGCGGCAUCGUAGAAUCGUAUACCCGAUUUUUAGCCAGGAGAAACUCAAGUCGGUGUCAGCUAUGACAUCAGAAGACACCCAAAAGAUGAUUGAGCAAUGGUGCACCCAAAUAGAAGAGAUGAAUGACCACCAAGCCGAGAUAGACAUGAGGUGCUACUCUGACAAUUUGACUUUAGCCGUCAUUGAACGGGUGAUCUUCGGCGAGAACUGUAAAGAAGCUCGGGAGGUGUUCAUCGCUGGCAAGGAGGGCCAGAAGCUCGCGGUAUAUGCGUUUGCGGAUCCUCCAAUACCUGGUUUUAGAUACCUUCCGACUCGCCGUAACUUCCAAUUAUGGAAAAUCAACAAGUUGGCAACAAGGAAGAUAACACAUCUCAUAAAGACACGGUUUGUUAGAGGUGUCUCCGGAGACGACCUACUCCGGCUGAUGUUGGAGGCCUACAUGUCCAAAGAAGUCGAGCCACUGAGCACUGAGGAGAUGGUCGGUGAGUGCAAGACCUUGUUCGCUGCAGGGCAGGACACAGGUGCCAGCCUCCUCACCUGGGGGAUGUUCCUGCUUAGCAACUAUCCAGAAUGGCAAGAGAAGAUCAGGGAGGAGGUGCUACGAGAAUGUCAGGAUGACAGCGAGGCCCCGAGCAUCGACGUCCUCGGUAAACUGAAGCUACUUAACAUGUUCCUCCUCGAGACGCUGAGGCUCUAUAGCCCUGUGCCGUUCCUGAUGAGGAAGACCGCCUAUGACACCACAUUAGCAAACAUCAAAGUGCCAAAAGGAACCAUGAUAACAAUUCCGGUCAUGAUGUUGCACCGGUGCAAGGAAAUCUGGGGCCUCGACGUGGACGAGUUCAACCCCAUGAGGUUUGAGAAAGGCAUCUCGAGGGCUGCUAAGAACAUGCACACGUUGUGGGCCUUCUCAUACGGGCCACGCGGGUGCCCUGGGAGGAGUUAUGCCAUGGUCCAGGUGCAGACUGUGAUGGCUAUGGUCCUGAGAAGGUUCUCCUUCUCCCUCUCUUCUCGGUAUGUUCACAUGCCCAUGUACUACAUCACACUGGUGCCUAGGUAUGGGCUUCCCCUGAUAGUGCAGAACCUGGUGGAUGAUGAAACAAAUGACAUGUAA